AUGGCGCCGCCAAAGAUUAUCACCACAUCCUUCCUUGUGGGCAACCUGCAUUGUCCAUCAUGCGUUGCCGUGAUCAAGAAUACCUUGGAGCAGGAAUAUGCUGGCAGGGUCUUUUGGGUAUCCCCUAACGUCGUCACCUCUGUGGUUACCGUCGAACACGAGGAUGCAAGUGCCGACUUUAUUCGCAACAUGGGCAAAACGCUGGAAGAUGUUGGCUUCGAGAUCUGUGCUGUCGAUACCACAGGAACCAUUCCUGACGAGUUAAAUCGAGAAGUGGAUGCCGAACAGGCAAGAACAAGUCAGGAUAGUCGUCGCAGAAGCAGUGGUGCUCUUGAUCUUUGGUGGAGGUUAUGGGGAGGUAGAACGCCUCCUGCAACACCGAAUCAUGGCAAAGCGGCGGCGCAUUUGGACAACUGUGAUGUCUGUAAAACGACAGCGGCAGCCACGGCUCAUGAUAAUGGACGUACUUUGCAGGAACAACUCACUCGCAGCAUGGAACCCCCACACGAUGCUCAGAAAAUGAUCAACAUGGCCGCCAAGACAACUCCCAUACCCCUUGAGGAGGUGGUGGUGGAUGAUUCGGAAGCUGUCCCAGAUGUAUGGCGGGCAACAUUAUCUAUCGGCGGCAUGACCUGUGCGUCCUGCUCAAACACCAUCACAGAAGAGAUUCAGAAGUUUCCUUGGGUUGCCAAGAUUGCAGUCAACCUCGUGGCAAACAGUGCUACUGUUGACAUCAAAGACAACAGUCGAGUUCAGGAAAUUGUUGAUGCCAUUGAGGACCUUGGCUACGAUGCUUCCCUUGACCAAGUGGUAAAUCUGGGAGAGCAGAAGCGCAUCUCCGCGUCUGCUCGGGAAGUAGAAAUCCAAAUCGAGGGUAUAUUUUGCCCAAAAUGUCCACAGCGCAUCUGUAAAACACUGAGCAAUCUCGGUUCCUCCCGGCUCGAACUCGUCCAGGCGCCGACACCAGAGAAGCCCUUUCUUAAAAUUAGAUAUACCCCCCAGGCACCUGAAUUCACCAUUCGACAAAUCUUACGGGCCAUCGAGGCAACAGAUCCUUCGUUGAAGGCCACCAUAUACCACCCGCCGACAUUGGAAGAACGAUCCAGGGCUAUCCGAGCCAAGCAUCAGCGCGAGCUAUUCUGGCGCAUGAUGUUGACCCUUGUCCUGGCAGUUCCGACAUUUGUGCUUGGAAUAGUCUACAUGAGCUUGGUGCCAGAAUCUGAUCCUACAAGACAUUAUCUCAUGAAGCCCUGGAAAUCCGGCUUGAGUCGAAAUGCGGUUAUUCUUUGCAUACUCUCGACUCCAGUGUAUUUCUUCGCGGCGGAUAUUUUCCACGUUCGAGCCAUAAAAGAAAUUCGCACCAUGUGGCGACCCGGCAGCCGUACGCCACUUAUCGAAAGGUUCUACAAGUUUGGCAGUAUGAACAUGCUCAUGAGUCUCGGCACGACCAUCGCCUAUGUUUCGUCUGUGGCAGAAAUGAUUGCGGCGGCGGCAAAGCAUGACGACCACGUCCCCGACAACCGAUUCUAUUUCGAUUCGGUCGUCUUCCUGACCCUGUUCCUUUUAGCAGGACGGCUUAUAGAAGCGUACAGCAAGUCCAAGACCGGCGAUGCUGUUGGUGCGCUGGCCAAGCUUCGCCCUACCACUGCCUCGUUGAUUGAGAAGGACCAAGUCAGAGGCCCGAUCACAACGACAACGCCGAUCGACCAGCUCGAAUACGGAGAUGUAAUCCGAGUUCCUCACGGUGCCUCACCAGCAACGGAUGGCAUCAUCAUCACUGGUGACACCAACUUUGACGAGUCCAGUCUCACAGGAGAGUCGCGCCUAAUCAAGAAGUCAGCAGGUGAUGAAGUGUUUGCAGGCACGGUGAACAAGGGAGAUUCCAUCACGAUUAGGGUGACUGGUACGUCUGGAAAGUCCAUGCUCGACCAAAUUGUCGAGGUUGUUCGCGAGGGUCAGACCAAGCGAGCUCCCAUGGAGCAGAUUGCAGAUAUUAUGACUUCAUACUUUGUUCCAGUUAUUACCCUUAUUGCGGUCAUUACGUGGGUUGUGUGGCUCUCCUUAGCUCUCACUGAUCACAUCUCAGAUGAGGAACUCGACUCUGCGGGUGGUCCUGCUGCCUUUGCAUUUCAGUUCUCCAUUGCAGUGUUUGUCGUUGCAUGCCCUUGCGGCCUGGCGCUAGCUGCUCCCACAGCCAUCUUUGUUGGCGGAGGUAUUGCGGCGAAGCAUGGUAUUUUGGCAAAGGGUGGCGGCGAAGCGUUUGAAAAGGCUAGCAAAAUCGACUGCGUUGUAUUUGACAAGACGGGCACCCUCACGGAGGGCGGAGAACCCAAGAUCACAGAUUCCGAGUUGUUCCCAGACCAAGCUGUCAAGGGUCUCGACAAGCAGGCAUUGCUCUCUGGGCUAAAAGCAGUCGAGGAACAGAGCAGUCACCCGAUUGCCAAAGCCAUUGUCAAUUUCUGCGGCAACAACGUAGCAUCUGCUGAACUGGAUAAAAUCCAAGAGCUUCCCGGGCGAGGAAUCAAGGCGUCUUACAAGGAUAAGCCGUUUGACAUCGCCGUCGGUAACGAGCAUCUCAUGCGAGAUCUUUCCGUGACUUUGACUCAGACUGUUGUCGGCCGUCUACAAAGCUGGAAACGCGAAGCAAAGUCAGUGGCAGUCGUGGCAGUCAAGUCCCAGGAGGAGCAAAGCUCAUGGACCUUGGCCGCCAUUCUAUCCAUCUCUGACCCCGUUCGGCGAGAGGCCGUGGCCGUUGUCAAGUCCCUUCGAGCGCGAGGAACACAGGUCUGGAUGCUUUCCGGCGACAACGUCACAACCGCCAAAGCCGUCGCCCGACGAGUAGGCAUCGAGGACACCAACGUCCUGGCAGAAGUUCUCCCGUCCGAAAAAGCCGAAAGAGUACGCUACCUGCAAGCGACGCUGCACUCCGACAGGAGAGUCCGUCGACGCCACGGGUAUAGCACACGCAGGGCCAUGGUGGCCAUGGUUGGUGAUGGAAUCAACGAUUCCCCCGCGCUGACAACGGCGGACGUGGGCAUCGCCAUCGGUUCAGGCAGCGACGUCGCCAUUUCCAGCGCCGACUUUGUGCUCGCUUCGUCGAGCCUGGGUGCCGUGCUGACGCUCCUGGAUCUCAGCCGCACCGUCUUUCGCCGCAUCAAGAUUAAUUUUGGCUGGGCCGUGGUUUACAAUUUGCUGGCGGUGCCCAUCGCAGCAGGGUGCUUGUACGCCAUCAAGACCAGUUCCGGCGCUCACGUAAGGCUUGAUCCUGUUUGGGCGGCACUGGCCAUGGCCCUGUCGAGCAUCAGCGUUGUGUUGAGCAGCCUCAGUUUGAAGGCUCGCGUGCCGGGCGUAGGGUUUCGACACAGCCCUGUCGUGGUGGAAUAA